ACCAUAUUAUAUUAUCCAUCCGAUUUUUGCUGAGUACUUCGAUACAAUUACGGGCGGCGAUAACAAUGAGUUGUUGUGAAGUGAAAAUUGUUAAAUAUGUGUUCGCGAUUGCGGCGCUUUUUUCGAACGGCAUUUUAUGUGCUGUGGAUCAAUCAAGUUUAUUAGGAGUUGCCGGAGCAUUAAGGGAACUGAACAAGAACGAUGCCAAUCACGCGAUUAAAAGGUCCACAUUUUGUCCCGCCACUUCACAAUGUGUCCCUUUAUCUCAGUGUCCCAUUUUAAACAACGUCAUCGACAACCAAUGUGUUCUCACCGACAGGAUAGGUGAUUUGGGAUGCGGCUAUCAAGGAUCAGGUCUGAUCUGUUGUCCUCAAAUCAGCGAUCCCAACACAAUUGCUCCUAAUAGUGUUGUGGAUGGGCAAAGAUGUGGUGCAUCACAGGUCCAAGGGGACGGGUACGACAGCAUCGGUGCUUUUCCAUGGGUUGUGAGGAUCGGAUUUAGAAAUGUACUAACCGGAGAAGUAAAGUACCCAUGCACUGGUUCAAUUCUGAAUAACAGGGUUAUUUUGACCGCCGCUCAUUGUGCCCUGGCUAAGGCUGAUAAUUAUAAGCUAUUUUUAGUUAGAGCUGGUGAAUGGGACUCACAGUCAGACAUUGACUGUGGUCCAGAAUUUUGCGGACUGCCAGUUCAAGACAUUGCCAUAAGCCACGUCGUUGUUCAUCCGGGCUACCAAAAGCAGACCUACCGACACAACAUAGCCCUUUUAGUUUUAAGAUCAAAACUUAAUUAUACAGUAACCGCACAACCGAUAUGUUUACCGGAACCGUGGUCGGUCACGAGCAACAAUGGAUUACUUGUAGGAUGGGGAAAGACUGCGGGACAGUUAGAGGCACCAUCGCUACAACAGGCCUUGUCCCUGCCUAUUAUCAGUUUGCAGCAAUGCAUAAAGGUGUACGGAAGAACGUUGCCAGUUUCUGAAGAACAAGUAUGCGCAGGAGGACAACAAGGAAACGACGCCUGCAGCGGUUUUGGUGGAGCACCACUAAUGGUGAAACACGGGGACACAUUCUAUCAGGUGGGCAUUUUAUCGUUUGGUUCAGAUCAGUGUGGUGCAUCUGGGGUGCCAAGUGUGUACACGAAUAUUAAAAAAUAUGUUACAUGGAUUCGAGAGAAUACUCCAACAGUUUACAAUAACUGAAUAUACUUAAAAAAGUCACCAAAUAUAGUUACUCGAAGAAAAAUAAUAAAAUAGGUAUUUAAAAUUAUAUUUUUUGUAUUUAAUAUGCAUAUAAGAUGUUGUGAUAUUUUGUAACUACAAAUAAACUACUAAAUAAGA